CAAAAAUCAACAGCAGUGAAAAUGAUUCAUCUUAGUUAAGUAUCCUGGUCUAUCUCUUAUUAUCAAUUUUAAAAUGCAAUAAAUUAUGUCCCAAUUGUUUUUGGUACUAAAUCCAAAUCUCUCUCACUUAUCACAAAAAAUGACAACUGAUUGUUUCAGUUGGCACUGUGUCAAGGCAUACUGUUCUGCCCGGAUAAUGAACAUUGGCUUGAUUAAGUACGACAGCUUGCCCCAGUUAAGAACAGGGAAAAAAAUACAUAAUCAGGGCAACAUAAUCAGGACAAACCGACUUAUUACUCAAGAAAAUAUUAUUUGGCACUUAUAAAAGGAACAUAAUCAGGGCAGGCCAGUUUAUAUAUGACAGUGUAAUAUUAUUUCUCACUUAUUAAAGAAUGCACAUAAUCGGGGAAGGCUGGAUUAUGUAUGACAGUCAAAUAUUAUUUGAAACUUAUAGAACAAAUAUAUCGGGGCCCACCACUUUUUUAUCAUUUGUCAUCACUUCUGACAAGCAAAUAGCCCUGGUGGCAAAGUUGUUGUUGUUCUCAAAUGAAGCAAAAUUUCGUGGCAAAUACUAAGUUUUGGGAUUCGCAAGUAUAUUAACUUUUCACCAAACUUAAUUUCCGCAAAAAAAAUAAUUUAGGUUCCGUGAAAUUUAGUUACUUCAAAGUAUAUUAUGUUGAAGUUAUUUACUACAGAGUAGUGUAUACUAAGAAUUACAUCGAUACUUUUUUCUUUCGCCAUGUAUAGUUUUCCAAAGAAUGUUUAACUUACAAAUGUUCGAAGAAAAUGCCAAUCACAGCCUGGCCAGCCAUUAUAUCAGCUUUCAUAAUCCGGUCACCACGACAUAACCAGUGCAAAAAAACAUAAUCGGACCAUGCGUACGUAAUCCGGUUGUGCUGAUUGUAAACAGGCCGUUUUCGCAAUCUAGGCAGAACAAAACUCCCUUUCAAGUAGAGUUCUAGGUUGAAGCACCUAAAAGUUAUAAAUGCUGUGUCAAUAAAAUACAUGUUUUUUUCUUCAAAAUAGAGUACCAAUCAGUAUAUAGACAAGUGUAAUUUUUAUUAGUACUACUAUUAAAAUUUAAAUUGUUGAUAAUCACUCUUAAAGGGAGCCUGAGGUAUAAAAUGAUCUUGGAUUUAUAUUAUAGAGCUUAAAAAGUUAGCUAACAAGUUAAUUUUUUAAAAAGCUCUUUUUGUUUUUAAGAUAUUUAAUUUUAAGGAUUUCAGAUUUAAUUAUGUUGCAUGAAUUAUGAUAUCAUAUUUUAAGUAAUAGCAAAUUUGGAAAUUUUCUGUCAUCAGUAAUUAUAGACCUGUUAAGAGAUGUGCAUUCAAACUUUAUAUCUUUAUAAUAUCUACCCAGCCGGCACAAAGAGCUCUAAAAGACGCCUUUUAGACAUCUUCCGCAAUUCUAAAAAGACGUCUUUUUUAGCGCUGAUUUGUCUGUCUAUAAUGCAUCUUUUUAAGCAUCUAAAAGAUGUCCUUUUAAAGAUGCAUUUCAAAAGAUCUCUUUUAGACAUGUUUUAAAAGAUGUUUUUCCAAAGACGUCUUUUAGAAAUUUUUAAGAAAUUUUUUACGACGCGUCUUUUUAAAGACGUUUUUUAUACCUUUUACAGAUUUAUCAGCGACUAAAAUGCAUCUUUAAUGCAACUUCUUAAAUGCAUGUUUAGAAAGAGAUCUUUUAUAUAUCUAUAAGACGUCUUCCUUGGUUUUAAUUGUUUUUUUUUUACUUAACUUUUCAGAAAAAAUAGGCAAUUUAUAAAACAAAUUUAAGAUGUUUUUGUACGUUAAUGUUGAAACGUACAUUUUUAAUAAAUUGCAGAAAUAACGAUAUCAAAGACAACAAAUAUUUUGCGAUGAAAAUAUUUUGAACUUUUUAUAUCAAAUUCGUAUUGACACUUUGAAAAAUAAAAUUUAUUUUAGAAUUACAGUAAGCAAAUAUAACUGGAAGUAAAUAAAUAAAAUAUUUUUUAUAAUAAACACUAAUCAUUCAUAUUCAUAUUUAUAAAUUCUAAUUAUUAAAAUAUUCUGUAUUACGAAUUCUACUGAAUUCUAAUGAACUUAUCCAUGCGUAGAAACAUUUCUACGCACUAAUCUCUACGUCAGUUUUUAAAUAAAGCAUGCUAUGUAAAGCAUAAAUUGGAACUCUAAUCGAAAAAAUCUUAAGCAUAUUAAGCUUAGGCCAUAUGAAAGAAUCACCUUAAAAAUUCUGUGAAAAUUGCUAGUAGUUGAAAUUCAUUGUAACGCUUGCAAGGCCAAAAUAAACAAAAUAAAUAUUUGAAAUAAUAAAAAAGUCAGAUCAGAAGAAACAAAAAAAAAUAAUAAAUGUAUAAAUGUCAUUCAUAAAUGAGUAAAGUCGAAAGGGCUUUUCCUUUGUUUAUACAUUUAAUGUACCCCUUACGUCUCUGAUCCUCUGACUGGGAGCUUUUCGCAGCUUGUUCCCAAAAUUUGCGUUGCAUUUCUUGCUCAUUCACAUCUUUAAAACGCUCGUUGACAGAUUCUAAAGAGAAAAUAAUAGCUUAUUUCCAAGUAAAUUUUCAUAGAAACAUAGUCAGAAAACACACCAUACAUAGAAGGGUCACAGCGUAAUACAUCAGCUAAUACACUUACCUACUAUAAUUUUAUAAAUUAAUUUGCCGAGAAUCACAAACAAAAGUACUUACUUUUUAAGCAACAGGUGUUCCGCAGAUGCUUUCAUUAAAAUACUGCCAAUUUUAAUUGAAUGUUCCAAUGAUCAUUUGUCAAAGAAUAUCUACCAGGGUGUGCAGGAAAACAAAAUUACGACGCAUUAAAAUGAAAACAAGUUUGCGAACACCCCCGUCCUUUUAAAUCGAAUUUUUCAUAUAAAAAAGAAAGACACAUUUUAGACCACUUUUAGAAAUAAGAAAUAAGACGUCUUUGCAAAGAUGCGUUUUAGAUGCAUUAUAGCAAGAAGAGAAAGAUGUCUUUUAAAAGAUAUAUUUUAGAUAACUUUUAAAUGUCUUUUAAAAGACCUCUUUUAAAGAUCUUCUAAAAGACAUCUAAAAUGUGUAUACUACAAGAUUCAAAUUUAUUUACUUUCAAGAGACGUUUAAAAGAUGUCUUUUGAAAGACGUUCUUAAGAAGAUGCAUUAAAGACAUCUUAAUAGCGCUUUCUAACAGAAGAUUUAAAAAAGACAUCUUAAGACGUCUUGUGUCGGCAUUGAUAAAGUUUGAAUGUACAUGACAAAAAAAGUCAAAAUUGGCUAUUACUUAAAUAUGGCAUAAUUUAUGAGACACCAGACCUGUCUCUAUUUGCAUUUGGUAAUACCCCAGGCAUUUAAAUGUUUUAUAUUCAACUGGUUUAAUUUGGGGAUACUUAAUAUACAUAAUUUUUUUAGGUAAGACGUGCAUUUGACACAACAAAAACAUGUUUGCCAAACGUCUAAAUCUUCUCAUCAACAAAAGAUGGUAUUCUGUUAUGUCAUCUGGUAAAUAUGUUCAAGGUUUUUCUCCAAGGGAUGGAGUGAGAGAAUAUUUUUACUACAUUGAUCAUCAGGGGCAGUUAUUCUUAGAAGGAACAAAAAUAAGAAAUUUUGUGACAUGUUAUAAAGAUAAAGACUUUUUAACAUUUUUCUUUAAAAGAUUAAGACUAAACAAGGCUGGAAAGUACUGUGACGAUUUUCCCUAUAUUUCUCGUUGUGGACCCGAAAUCAAUUAUGUUUAUUGCGAGAACAAACCAAUUGUUUUUACUGACAUUAUCAAUGCACAAGAGGGAGACAGAAUUGUUAUAAAUAAAAUAGGUCCAAAGAUGACAAUAACAUUUCAACCGGAAAAACUUUGCAUGCUCCCUAAAAAUGGGCGGGUUUAUCAUCCAGCUUCAAAAAAGGUUGGAGGCGUUGGAAUACUAAAAACUAGUUUGGCCAUUGAGUUUAGUAAUCAUUUUUUAUUUGAAAAUGGUGAAGAGGAUAAAGAUCCACCAUCACAUUUUGUAUGGAAAGGUUGCAAGUAUCAAUUAGAUAACGAAUUGUGGAAUAUUAUGAAGGAAGAUAAUGUUGAAGAAACCUAAGCAUAUGUAUAAUAUAUUUUUCUUUGUGUUGAAAUUGUAUAUAUAUGUAUAGUAUAUGAAAAAAGGACCAAUGUUUUGUUGUAUUUUGAUA